UUUAAAAUAAUUCUACUGUGCAGUCCAACAUUAACCAAUAUUCACUACGGGUGUUUAUCAAAGUAUUAACUCUUAAAAUGCAGAAGACACUAAUUGCUUUAGCUGUCAUAUGUUUGGCACAGUUAUCUUAUGCCGCAUUACCCCUUAAGCAAUUCGAUGAACCAUUGAAAACCGACUUUCAAAUGUGGCAUGACAACUGUGAAAUUUACAUCCCCGGUGUAACCCAAGAAGAAAUCAAUCAAGUACGAGCAGGACGCUUCGAUACAAACAACCAAUCUAUUAAGAACUACGCAGCUUGUAUCUGGUUGGAAUCUAAAAUCCUUAAUACUGAUAUGGUUAUGAACAAGGCACUAUUGGAUAUCUAUAUGCCCAAGAAAAUUAUGGAAGACGAAUACAUCGGUUAUUUGUUGUGUGCUAAAAAAUUUAGAAAGCAAAACAUACCCUUUGCCGAUAAGGUCUUCGGAUUGAUCCAAUGCAAUUACAACAGAAAUCCUAACGACUUUACCUUCAUCUAAGGCCACAAAUGAAAAAAUAGAACUAACACGUGUUGCUCGAAACAUUAUAAAAAAAUAAAGAAUAAUAUUUUUUAAUUAUACGUUUAAAAAUCUG